GAGCUGCUGAAGAGUUCCAGGGGCCAGGGGGAGGGCCUGAGUGGGCUUGAUUGGCAGCCUCCCUCCUGGGCCUGGAGAGAACCAGCCGGCGCCGGGCAGAGGAACUGCUAGAACAAUGCUGAGGCGGGCGAGGUGAGGAGCGGCCGGCGCGGCCCCGCCGACGGAGCGUCUGGAACAGGUGAUAGGAGGAUCCGGAAACCCAGGCCACCUGGGCAGCCCUCCCCGCGCCCGGCCCGGCGCCCCGGCUGGGCACGGGGGGGAGACCAUGGCGACCAAUUUCAACGACAUCGUCAAGCAAGGCUACGUGAAGAUGAAGAGCAGGAAGCUGGGGAUCUACCGGAGGUGCUGGCUGGUGUUCCGGAAAUCCUCCAGCAAGGGGCCCCAGCGGCUGGAGAAGUAUCCGGAUGAGAAAUCAGUGUGCCUCCGAGGCUGCCCCAAGGUGACCGAGAUCAGCAACGUCAAGUGUGUCACGCGGCUCCCCAAGGAGACCAAGAGGCAGGCGGUGGCCAUCAUAUUCACUGACGACUCGGCGCGUACCUUCACCUGCGACUCAGAGCUGGAGGCGGAGGAAUGGUACAAGACGCUGUCCGUGGAGUGUCUGGGUUCACGACUCAACGACAUCAGUCUCGGCGAGCCGGACCUCCUGGCCCCAGGAGUGCAGUGUGAGCAGACAGACCGCUUCAACGUCUUCCUGCUGCCCUGCCCCAACCUGGAUGUGUAUGGCGAGUGCAAGCUGCAGAUCACCCACGAGAACAUCUACCUCUGGGACAUACACAACCCCCGCGUGAAGCUCGUCUCGUGGCCCCUGUGCUCACUGCGCCGCUACGGCCGGGAUGCCACGCGCUUUACCUUCGAGGCUGGCCGGAUGUGCGAUGCUGGGGAAGGGCUCUACACCUUCCAGACCCAGGAAGGGGAACAGAUUUACCAGCGGGUCCACAGUGCCACCCUGGCCAUCGCUGAGCAACACAAGCGCGUGCUGCUGGAGAUGGAGAAGAACGUGCGGCUGCUGAACAAGGGCGCGGAACAUUACUCGUAUCCCUGCACGCCCACCACCAUGCUGCCCCGCAGCGCCUACUGGCACCACAUCACAGGCUCCCAGAACAUUGCUGAGGCCUCCAGCUAUGCCGGUGAGGGGUACGGGGCAGCCCAGGCCAGCUCAGAGACAGACCUCCUCAACCGAUUCAUCCUGCUAAAGCCAAAGCCCAGCCAGGGGGACAGCAGCGAGGCCAAGACCCCAGCCCAGUGACAGCGGGGCUGGUGCACUGCAGGACCGCCCACGGCGUACCGUGGACAGCCUCUGGGGGCUGCCAGCCCAGAGCCUGGAGAAACGGAGCAAGCUGUCCCUUCCUUGCCCCCAAGGGUGAGCCUGGACAAAGGCACAGGGCUGGCCACAGCACCAGAGCAUGUGUGAGGGCUGGAGCUACUGUGGGACUGUAUACUGUUAAGGAUUUUAAUAUAUAUGGCUUAUGACAUAUUCUAUAUUAAGGAGAUUUCCCCCUCCCUCCCCACGACAUACACUUUUAAUCCCACGACCAGGUCCCAGUCGAGGCUGUUUUUGAAUGUGAGGGCAGCUGUCCCGUCCUCUGUGGGGCAGCCCUCCAGCUGCCAGGACGGGCUGGAGCUGCCAGGGCCAGAGGAGGGGACAGCUCAAGGCUGGCACUGGGACUGCUGGCUCUCCCUGAGCAACCCAGGGGCUAGGACAGCAAGUGGCUUCUCUGUUCCUCUGGGCCUCGUGUGGCACGGGAAGGAUCUGAGCUUCCACGGUGCCACUUUGCAACCUUGCACUUGAGAGCUUUAAGCAGAGGUGACCGCUGGUUGACACCUCAAGUGAAAAUCUGGUUUUAAAAUGUAAUUUCUGCCUAGGCUCCUUCCUGCUUCAUAGGCUGAGAAGAUACCCCAAGGGCAGGGGUGCUGGUUCCCUCAGCCAGACAUGGAGGGUAGCCAGUCCCGAGCUCUUCCCUGCCGAAGGGCAGGCUGCAGCAGGACUGCUGUGGGGAACACCCCUGCUGCCCACCCCCCCAUGACCGAGGGUAGGUGAUGUCCCAGCAGAGGGAGCCCCUCUGCCCAGGGCAGCCCCCCUCUGGCCAGCCAAAAGCACUCAAACCGAGCCCUUCCCCUUUCCUCUUCCCCACAUGGUGCUGAGGCUCCCUGCUGAAAUGCAAUUAAAGCAAUUGAUUUUCUAGUGCUGGUAUUUAUUGACUACCUUGCAGAAGGGCUAUCUUUCUAUUCCCAUCAAACCUUGGGUUGCGUGUGUGGUUUUUUUUUUUAAAUAACUUUAGGGUUCUGAUUUGUGGGAACAGACCUUGUUGUAAAUAACCACUAUUCAAGUUGUGACAGGAGGAUCCAGCCAGAGGCCCCUCCCAGAGAGCCCUGGAUCCGGGGAGGGGGCCACAGCCAGCUCAGCUCCAAACCUGACCCAGGGAAUGACCACCCAGAGGAAUAAACUAAAGAUGGGAGCCUGGGGCCAAAGGCCUUGGAGAGGGAGGCAGGACUGGGCUGGCUCAAGUUAGUGGCACGAUGACGCAUGAAGGAGAUGAUGUUGUGCUCUUUAUUGCCAAAAAUAAAAACUUUUAAAAAGACA